AUGUUUCCUCUACUUUUUCUUCUCUUUCUCCAAUUUUUGCCUGUUUCUUCUGAAGAUUUUCUAGUAAAAAUUCAGACUGAAAAUGACGAGGAAGCGAGAAAUAUCGCCGAAUAUUAUGGUUUCGCAUUGAAUCGAAAGGUUUGGGCAACACAAAAAGCACGAAAUUUUACAGGAUAAAAAACGAGAGAGAGAGAGAGACCCAGAGAAUUCGAGACAAAUUUUUUUGAAUUAUAAUUCAAAAGGCCGUGCAAUUUUAUAGCCAAAACAAAACAAGUUAAUUACAGUUAAAAUCAUUCGAUAACCUCUACAUUGUCAGCGAAUAUUUGGAUGAUAAUUUACAUUUGGAGCAUAUUGUCAGCGAAUUAUUGCAACAUGAAAAAGUGCACAUGAUUGAGAAAUUGGACAAUUUUGGGCGAUUUGCGAGAAAAGAAAUGGCGACUGCGAAAAAAUAUGAGAACCUGGUAUGAAUCAACUAAAUUUUGAAAAUAUUAUUUACGAAAUUUUUUACAGUGGCAAUUAGAACCUUCAAUGAGAAUUGAAGAAGCUUGGAAAACCGGAUUCAAUGGGUCAAAAGUGACGAUUGCAAUUGUGGUAAACUUUUUUGAGAUUCUCUUUUUCAAAAAAAAAAAUGAUAAAUACAGGAUGAUGGAAUCGAUGAAUCUCACAUUGAUUUGAAAAAUUCGUUUUCUCCCAAUUUCUCAUUUGAUUUCGUGAAAUUCGGAAACUAUCCGAAACCGGAUAAACGCGAAAAUGAACUGUAAGCUUUAACUAUUCUUCCAUUCUCAAUAAGUUCUUCAGACACGGAACACAAUGCGCUGGACUUGUAUCAAUGAGUGGAAAUAAAUGUGGCUUGGGAGUUGGACACGGCGCAAUUUUGGGUGGCAUCAAAUUGCUUGGCCCAAAACUGUUAAACGAUGCUUUGGAAGCCGAUGCAUUAGCCUUUCAGAAAGACAAGAUCGACAUUUAUUCGGUGAGUUGGGGACCGAAAGAUGAUGGAAUAACGGCAGAUGGGCCGAAGCAAUUAACAUCUCGUGCAAUAUCUGAUGGUUUUCAAUAUGGAAGACAAGGCAAAGGUAAUAUUUUUAUAUGGGCAAGUGGAAAUGGCGGGAAUUCGGGUGAUAAUUGUGCGUUGGAUGGAUAUGUGAACAAUGAAUUCACGGUGAGUUUGAAUAAUUGUUGGACCGAUUUCCAUUUUUGAUACAGAUAACUUUUGGAGUAGUGAACUCUGAUGGUACUCCAGCAUCCUAUGCCGAAGGUUGUUCAGCAGUUUUGUCAGCGAUUUCUGGAGGUGAUAGUUCAAUUGUGAGUUAGGCUGACAAUAUUUUUGAUUAUUCAAAAAAAAAAUCUUUUAGCGAACUACGGGAUUCGAUUCUAAAUGUUCCCAUAUUUCGGGAUCAUCUGCAUCGGCUGCAAUUGCAUCGGGAAUUGUUGGAUUGGCACUUCAAGCAAAGUGAGUAGCUUAUACCUUAUACCUUAAACCUUAUUAACCUUAAAGGUAUCCUUGAAUGUUCCAGAUAUAGAGAAAAUUCUAGUACUACCUCAAAAACACAGCCUUUUUAUCAAAAAAACCGGAAAAAAUACGUUUCUAACUAGAUAGUUACGUAUUCUGAAAUUUUUCAGUAGAUAGAUUUAUUGAUAAUGUCAAUCCGAAAAAUUAGAACCUUGAUGGCCUAGAAAACCAAGACUACAGUAGACUUUGCGAAAUUUACACUCCGGCUAUUUGCCAACCAGUUUGAUGCGCAUGUCAUUUAUAGUCUACUGUACAUACGUGAGCGGCAAUUCAAAAAUCCAAAUUUUCCUUCAGCCCAUCACUUACUCAAAGAGAUGUUCAAAAAUUGAUAAUCGAAUCAUCCGACAUCUCAAAAAUCCACAAUAUUUCUUUUCAAACAAACGGUGCCGGUUACAAUUUUCAUCAAAAAGUUGGAUUCGGACUUCUUGACGCAGAAAAGAUGGUAAAACUUGCGAAAGAAUGGAAACAUGUUGAGAAACAGAAAGAAUUAUUGGUCAAGACCAAAUUAAUCUAGUGAGUUUUGUAUGAUAAACUACAUAAAAAUAAUACCUUUUUUAGCUCCACAACUCCUCUUAUCGAAAUCAAACUUUCUGACGAAGUUAAAAGUAUUGAAAGAGUUAUCCUAAGUAUGGAUAUAUAUCAUGAAACACGUGGAGAAUUAAGCAUGUAUUUGGAAUCGCCUCAAGGAACAAUAUCAGAAAUUCUACCGAAGAGAAUCACCGAUAAGAAUGCUAAUUUAAUUAAUUGGAAAUUCAUUUCUGUCAACUUUUUUGGAGAACAUUCCGAGGGCAAUUGGAAGAUUCAUUUGAAAACGUCGAAACCUUUUGUGCUCCGGAAUUUGAGUUUGAAAAUCACUGGUAUUUGA